UAUUUUAUUCAUGCUGAUAUUGAUAUGUACCAUGAACAAACUGAUACAGCUUGCCUUCCUCGUACAUGGAAUAUAUCUGAUGAUUUGGGACAGAUCGAAUACGUCUUUUCCGACAAGACGGGAACAUUGACACAGAAUGUGAUGGAGUAUCGCAAAUGUACUAUUGGUGGUAUCGAAUAUGGGUUAGGCGAAACUGAAGCAACAUAUGGCUCUUAUAAACGAGACAGUGGACAUCAAGAAAACGAUAUCAAUGGAUCAAUAGUGGAAAAAACAACAACCGUCGAAGAAAUGGAGGAAUACAAAAAAAAUCAAGGACAACGAUCAUCGAUCUUCCACAUUCAUUUUUUCUCGACUUUGGCACUCUGUCACACUGCCAUUGCCGAACGAUCCGAUAAGAAUCAAGAUAGCAGCAGUACCAUUGAAUACAAAGCACAAAGUCCAGAUGAAGCAGCACUUGUGUCAACAGCUCGUGAUAUUGGGUUUACAUUUCUUGGAAGGGAGGCUGAUCUUCUCUCGGUGAAUAUUAUGGGUGAAAUCAAGACUUUUGACCUAUUAAACGUUUUGGAAUUCAAUUCGACACGCAAACGAAUGAGUGUGAUUAUUCGACCAAGGGAUGGAAGCAACAGGAUUGUGUUACUGUCCAAAGGUGCAGACUCGGUCAUUUACGAACGAUUAUGUACCAAUUUUGGUACUCAACAUGAUCUUGAAUCAAAGCAACAAAAUAUACGCGAUGAUACAUCAACUCAUUUGGAAGGAUUUGCUACUGAAGGAUUACGGACUCUCUGUUUAGCUUAUCGAUUUAUCGCGGCAAAUGAAUACGAGGAAUGGAAUAAACGAUUUAUGUCAGCCAGCUCAAGUAUCUAUGGUCGUGAUGAAAAGGUUGAUGAAGUAUGUGAAGAAAUUGAAAGUGAUCUACUGUUGAUGGGUGGAACAGCGAUUGAAGAUCGACUACAAGAAGGUGUACCUGAAACUAUUGCAUUGUUAGCUCAAUCUGGAAUCAAACUUUGGGUGCUUACAGGUGACAAGACAGAAACAGCCAUCAAUAUUGGAUAUGCAUGUAAUUUGAUCACUACCGAUAUGGAACUCCUGAUUGUCAAGUCAAGUACACGCGAAGGAACAUUGGAACGUAUGAAAGAAGUCUUGGAUCAAAUCGACAGAGAAAUUGGUGAUGAUACAAACAAUGACAAUGAUGUUGGUGGUACUGGUAGUAGUGGUGAUUGCAAACUUUUGGUCAAGAUAGAAAGGCUCGUCGUCGAUCCUCUCAACCAAGGAAAUAUCAACAUAACCAACAACAACAACACAACAAAAGAAGAAGAAGAAGAGAAUGAUCAACAACGUCCUCAUCAUCAAAGGGUACAACAAGGACAAAGCGUCAAACGAGCAUUGGUAAUUGACGGAACGACUCUCAAAUAUGCUUUGGAACCCAAAAACAAGUAUUAUCUCCUACGCCUCGGCAUGCAAUGCGCUAGUGUGAUCUGUUGUCGUGUAAGUCCUAAGCAAAAGGCUCAAGUGGUGACUUUGGUCAAACGUGGAUUAGAUGUGAUGACAUUAGCAAUCGAAGGUCGACAAGCAGUUAUGUCCUCUGAUUAUGCCAUUGCUCAAUUUCGGUAUCUUCAAAAACUGCUUCUUGUCCAUGGCCGGUGGUCUUACUUGCGUACGGCUGAAAUGAUCAUGGGAUUUUUCUUCAAAAAUAUCAUUUGGACUUUUGUUUUACUUUGGUAUCAAAUCUUUUGUCAAUUUACUGGAACAAUGAUGUUUGAUUAUGCUUUGGUGACACUCUACAACUUGAUCUUCACUUCACUUCCGAUUAUAUUCCUUGGCAUUUGGGAUCAGGAUCUGAAUGCUUCCACUUCAUUGUUAUAUCCGGAAUUAUACACCGUUCGAUUCUGGAUGAAUGUGAUAGAUUCGAUAUUCCAAUCUUCAGUGUGCUUCUUCUUCCCUUACAUGCUUCUUGUAGCUGGUGCUGUUGACCCAUCUGGAUAUGAUCAAAAUGGCACAUAUGAAAUAGGUACCAUCAUUGCCAGUUAUGCGGUGAUUGUUGCCAACUUAUUUGUGGCUUUCUCUCUGUACAGUUAUACUUGGAUUCAACUCUUGAUCAUCUCUCUCUCCAUUGCAGUCUACUAUCUGUUUACAGCUGUUUACUCACAAUUCAUCAGCUUCAAUUUCCGUGGACAGGUCAAAUUAUAUGGGACGGGAUUAUAUUGGCUUGUACUUUUAUUGACCGUGGUUACCUGCUUUAUUCCUCAACGCGAACUGAUAUUACACAAUCGACGACAUUUGGAACAACAAGAGGAAAAAUCUUCAAAAGAAACUAUUCAACCUUCUCUACCCACUGACAAAGAUAAAUCGACAACAACAACGCUUGGGCCAGAUCCAUUUUAAUUUUUUUUUCCAUUGUAUUAUGCCUCUCACUCUCAUUUUGAUUGUAUAUAUACUCAUCCCUAUUUAUUACUAUUACUGUUAUUAUUGUUAUAAUUAUUAUUGUUAUUAUUAUUUUAUUAUCUUUAUUCUUUUUAUAUUGACUGAUUGGGCGUAUUUUUUUUUUUAUUCUAUGUAUUCUCCAGCCUUCACACUUAAUAAAUAAAACGUCGUUCAUUCUAUCUACAGAAGUGAUA